GACAAAUAUAAAUUGUGCCUAGAUAUGAUUAAUAUUUAAGUGAGUUGGACCAUAAAAACUAUGGACUAGCAGUGUUGGCAAAAGGGCCAGUUCUAGGGUUACCCUUGGUCAUUUUGCAGACUGACUGAGAGGGGGAGCAGCAGAAGGAAAAUCUAGGGGGACAGUGCCUCCCUUUGCCUUGCCAUAGACCCAGCCAUGGUUGGUAAUUUGAUGAAGAACCAGUAUGACUUUAUUAAGGUCUUGCUUAAGAAUGGUCUGAACCCUUUUUCACAGGGAUGAUACACCUCACGUGCCAGAUGAUCAUUUGGGAGAAGCACCCGUCCUGAAUAUAAUCGGCAACCUCACCAACUUCAUUAAAGCUCUUUUUCCUAACACCAAGGUGUAUUCUGCUCUUGGAAAUCAUGACUACCAUCCAAAGAGUCAAAUGCCACCUGAACAAAGCAACAUUUAUGAGCAUACCGCAAACCUGUGGCAAGACUGGCUAGAUCCUACUUCUAAAGAAUCCUUUAAAAUAGCUGGAUAUUACACAGAGAAGUUGCUGAAUCAAACUGGCUUCAGAGUUGUGGUCCUAAAUACUAAUCUCUAUUACGAUCAGAACAAACUCACUGAAAACAUCAAAGACCCUGCAGACCAGUUCAACUGGGCGGAUAAAGUGCUUCGCGACGCAGCCAAGAAUAAUGAAAAGGUUUACCUCAUUGGUCACGUCCCUCCUGGUUUCUUUGAGAAGAAGCGACAAAAGCCCUGGUUCAGACAAGAGUUCAAUAAGCGCUAUAUAGACCUUAUAAAGAAGCACCAUGAUGUUAUAUUGGGCCAGUUCUUCGGUCAUCACCACACUGACAGCUUCCGCUUGUUCUACAGUUCAAAUGGAUCUCCAAUAAGUGCAAUGUUCCUGACUCCUGGAGUUACACCCUGGAAAACAACACUGCCUGGUGUCAUGGAUGGUGCAAAUAAUCCUGGCAUUAGGGUCUUUGAGUAUGACACCAAAACACUUUUGGUCAAGGAUGUGGUAACCUACUACUUGAACUUGACUUACGCAAACAUCGCACGUGCGCGUUGGGAGAAGGAGUAUCGGCUGACAGAGGCAUUUCAUGUGCCCGAUGCCUCCCCUGCCUCCAUGCAUCGUGUGCUGGAGCAAAUAUCAAAAGAGAAGUGUUACCUACAGAAGUACUAUGAAUACAACUCCGUCAGUUACGACCUCACAGACUGCAACGCUGACUGCCGUAUUGAUCAUGUGUGCUCAGUUCGGGAAGUUGACUUUGACGACUAUGAGCGCUGCGUGCUGAAGGAGGGAGCGACCUCUACUGGCCCAGUGCUAUUUACUCUGUUUCUGUCAUUGACGCAAAGUCUUUUGUGGAUGAACUAAUCACAUCAUUACGCUGUAUAUUGCUCAGAUACAUCAGAUAUAUAUUUAUCAGACAUGAUAAAUAGUAUAGUGGGCACCAGAAAUCUUAAGUCCACAAGUGAUAAUGCUUCUUAUCGCAUUUUUCUAAUUUAAUAGAAUUUUCAUUAUAAAUUAUCAGAUCUAAGCAUGGUAAUUAUCAUAAAUUUGCUUUGAUAAGUGACCUAAAAAUAUCUUAAAUAUUUUACAUUCAUUGUAGGUCUUUUGAAUUUUUCAAAAUCCUAUUUUUAGGUUCAAAACAGAUUUUGAAUCACAGAUUUUCAGUGUGGACUCAGACAUGUGGUCCCUAUUGUGAAGUUUGAUAAGAUUACUGUCAGCUGAUCAAUCUAGUCUCAUUUUAAAUAGAAUUGUUUAUUUGAGUUGGAGUUUGAAUCACAUAAUGGAACUGUUCUCGUCAGUAUUUAAAGCUGAAGUAUGUAAUAUGCAGAGUAAGUAUAAGUAAGCCAUUCAUAUGUUAAUUGGUAACACUAUACAAUAAGUUGUCAUUUGUUAACAUUAGUUAAUGCAUUAGGUAUCAUGAACAAACAAUUAUCAAUAUAUUGUUUACAGCAUUUAUGAAUCUUUGUUAAUGUUAGUUAAUAAAAAAUGCAAUUGCCCAUUGUUAGUUCAUGUUAACUAAAGUAGUUAACUAACAUAAACAAAUGGAACCUGUAAUCCCCAAUAACGUUACUAAACCAAUGGCGUGAGUUGGGGGCGGGCAAUCUCUUUGUUUGACCAAUGGCAGACAGGGGGCGUAUUCAGAAAGCUGUUUAGAAAACACAAUAUAUUGCAAUUCCGUUUGGUGGCGCAGAAAUUACAUACUUCAACUUUAAAGUCAACAAACAAAAUUUUAUUCAUAUACUCGAUAUGUUAUGAUUUAUAUAUAUUUAUUGAACUGUCUCUCGCUCUUAAAACUCUUUACUUAAAGGCAUUCACACUAGUGAUUUUCAGCGACAAUGCAAUCUCCUGUGACAGGGGUUCUCAAAUUGGGGUCUGGGGACCCC